AUGGCCACCGCAGCAGCAAACAAGAGAUUGACCAGGGAGUAUGCGAAUCUUCAGAAGAGUCCUCCACCUUAUAUCACAGCACAUCCCUCAGAGGCAAACAUUCUUGAGUGGCAUUACAUACUGACGGGCCCGCCCAAUACUCCUUAUGAAGGUGGUCAAUACUGGGGCUCAUUGAUGUUCCCCUCCGACUACCCCUUCGCGCCGCCUGCCAUCCGUAUGCACACACCGAGCGGCCGCUUUCAACCCUCCACCCGUCUGUGUCUCAGCAUCAGUGACUUCCACCCCAAAUCGUUCAACCCCGCUUGGUCUGUUUCGACAAUACUCAUUGGCCUUAUGUCCUUCAUGACCAGCGAGGAGAUGACGACGGGAAGUAUGGGCGCAUCUGAAUCGGAGAGGAGAUGGUAUGCUGCACGGUCCAGAUGGUGGAACUCUACUGGUGGUGGAUCGGCCUCCAAACCAACACCAGGUAUACAUCCAACGUCAAAGGGUGUGGGUAACAUCAAAGCAGGUGAUGGAGGCGCUAAGUUUCGCUUCGAAUGGCCCGAGCUAGAUGCUGCCAAUUGGGAAUGGAUCAAGGAGAACAGAAUCGAUUCGGCUACUGGCCGUAUUCUACCAGAUGCCAAUGACACCACAUUGCAAUGCUCUCCCGAAGCUGCUGCAUUGAGGAGACGGCUUGGUGGUAGUGCUGGUGUGGGUGCUGUGGUCCAGGAAGGUAGGGCAGCACGUGAAGCAGGGCAGAGUUGGUUGAGGAGGAACAAACUUUGGGUCGCAGCAGGAGUUGUCUUCACUUGGGUCUUUCUUGCGAGGGUGUUCGGGGAUGGCCUGGAUUUGUAA